GAGGCAGAGAUAGACGUGUUGUAUUGGCAGGACCUGAAUUGUGGAGAGAAGCGACUAUAACACCGUGAAGGAAGAGUAGUCAACUGUUGGAAUAUUAUGUUUGGGAAAGGAGGGGAAGAUAAAUUAAUAAUCGCGUGGCCAAGGCAGACGUGUUGGACUAUCCCUGAGGACUAACUAUAACAACGUGAGGGAACACUAGUUUGUGUAUAUGAACUUCUAAACUUGUAAGGCGAAGCUCCGCUACACGCCGAGGGUCAGUCUAGUUAGGGUCACCAGCAAGGAAGGGUGAGGUGAUCGCCGCUCUAGUCAGGUCACACUUUGCAGUCAUCUGUCAUAAAAGAUUCACGUAAACGCAUGAAACUAGGUGUGGUGUUUCAAACGUUAACUUGUGUGAAAAUAUAUUAAACAAAUAUAGAUGUUGAUAAUGUAAAAGGAAAGAGAAAAGAAUGAGAGAGAAGGAAGUAACAGGUGAUUUAAGAACGCUUGCUUGGAAAGACAUUGAAAAAAAGGUAACUGAGAAGAUAAAGAAACGAAGAAAGGAGGUAAAAGUGAAAUAAAGAAGAAAAAUCACGUGAGAAACCAAGAAUAGAUACCCAAUGUGAAGAAAAGGGAAAAGAUACACAGAAAAAUUAAUCAUAAGUGAAGUAUCAUUACAUGAAUCUUUGAACUAGUGACCCAUAAUUCGAGUACCCAGCUGAACCAACUGAAGCCACCUCAACCCAUCUAUUUACUUCUCGAGGGCCGCUGCAGAGUGAUGGAGGAUGCGCGUGCCCCGGCAGCACCACCACCACCGGCAGGAGGCGAGGGAGGGCAGGGGUGUGUCCGUUGGGAGGCUGCUGUGUGUGUAUCCAAUAUUGAGGACCACGUAUCCCUUCACGCAGUACUAUGAAGCGGGGAUGGAUGAAGUGGUGAAGGAUCCAGCCUUCAACACCAUACCAAAGAACAGCACAUUCUUCCUGAUAUGGAGGGUGGAGAAUCUAGAGCUGGUGGCUCUGAAGCGUGAUGACUACGGCAAGUUCCACAAGGGUGACUCCUACCUGGUGGUGAACGCCAGCGAAUAUGGCAAGCCCGGAGGUAUGCAGGACACGCCACACCCUCCUCGCGGGAAGCUGGACAUGCACAUCCAUUUCUGGUUGGGUAGCGAGACGAGCACGGACGAGGCAGGCGUGGCGGCAAUCAAGUCCGUGGAACUUGACAACCUGCUGGGAGGCGGCCCCGUGCAGCAUAGGGAAGUAGAAGGCAGCGAGAGUAAGCGGUUUCUGUCUUACUUCAAGAAUGGCAUCAGAGUGCUGCAGGGGGGUGUUGCCACAGGCUUCAGGAAGGUGACAGAUGACUUCGAGCCGUCCAUCUACCACGUGAAGGGCAAGAGAACCACAGUGGUUAAGGAACUGCCCACGAUUGAGUGGAAGGCAAUGAAUGAUGGAGACGUAUAUGUGCUAGACACCAGAACCGCCAUCUAUGUCUGGGUGGGCAGGAAUAGCAACAACAUUGAGAAACUGCAAGGAGCCAAGUUUGCCUCGACACUGAAGCUUGAGCAUGGUGGAGGUACGGUAGUGGUUGUGGAGGAUGGGCAGGAGGCGGCACUUCAGGACAAGGAGAGGAUUGCCUUUGAGGAGCUGCUGCCUCUCAACAACAAGCAAGUCACACCUGCCGCCGAGGCUCCCAAGGACGAUACUGUGGCUCGCCGUAUCUGCCAGGAGCUGAAGUUGUUCCGCUGCACUGAUGAGUCUGGCACGCUGAAGGUUGUGGAAGUGAAGAAUGGGCCACUCUUUCAGGCUGAUCUUGACUCCAAUGAUUCAUUCAUCAUAGACAAUGGCUCGGAUGGCAUCUGGGUGUGGGUCGGGAAGAAGGCCACAAAGAAGGAGCGAGAGGAGGCGCUGAGGAAUGCCCAGGGCUUCAUCACCAAGAAGGGAUACGCACCACACACUCAAGUGUCUCGCAUCGUGCAGCACGGUGAGCCUCCAGAGUUCAAGACUCUGUUCAGGGACUGGAAGGACAUAGACCAGAGCAAAGGUUUUGGCCGCCAGUUCUCAACCACCAAGAUUGCCACCACAGUUCAGACCAAGUUUGAUGCCACCACGCUGCACUCAAGACCUGAGCUUGCCGCCUCCACUCAGAUGGUGGACGACGGCAAGGGGCAGAAGGAAGUGUGGAGAGUGAAGAACUUUAACUUGGUUCCAAUGCCAGAGGACCAGUUCGGAGAAUUCUUCAGUGGUGACUGUUACAUUGUGCUGUACGCUUACAUUGAGGGCAGCAAGGAACACUACAUCCUGUACUACUGGAUUGGCAGCCAUGCCAGCCAGGAUGAAGCAGGCACAGCGGCGGCGAAGGCGGUGGAGCUGGACGACAGGCUGGAGGGACGGGCUGUACAAGUGAGGGUGGUGCAGGGCAAGGAACCGUCACACUUCAUGGCUGUGUUUGGCGGGAAAAUGGUCAUCUUUGAGGGUGGCUAUGCUUCCUCCUUUGAUGGGUCUGGGGCUCGUGAUCAGGGCCGCAAGUCUUCCUAUAUGCUGCAGGUUCGUGGCACCACCAACCACAACACCAAGGCAGUAGAGGUUGACAUGCGUGCUGGCUGCCUCAACUCCAAUGACUGCUUCGUGGUGGCAACGCCGCAGCUAACUUACGUGUGGUGUGGCAAAGGCUCCACCGGGGACGAGAGGGAGAUGGCUAAGUCCCUCGCCGCCAGUAAAGGAGAGACACUCAUGGUUUCUGAAGGAUAUGAAAAGGAGGAAUUCUGGCAAGUGCUUGGAGGGAAGGAGACUUACGCCAGUUCCAACAGACUGAAGGAGGAGCAUUUCUCCCACCAACCACGACUCUUCCAGUGCUCCAAUGCUUCUGGCGUAUUCAAAGCGGACGAAAUCAUCAACUUCUCUCAGGGUGAUCUGGUUGACGACGACGUGAUGUUACUGGACACCUGGGACACCCUCUUCCUUUGGGCUGGACACCACUCCAACAAGACUGAGCAGAAGUCUGCAGACACUCUUGCUAUCGAGUACCUGAGAACAGACCCGGCUGGACGCAAAGACAUCCCCAUCAUCAAGAUAAAGCAAGGAUAUGAGCCGCCAAACUUCACAGGAUUCUUUGGAGUCUGGGACAAUGACCUCUGGAAUGAGAACAUGACGUACAAUGACAUCUGUGAGCGGCUCGAGGAGGUAGCACCAGGAGCUACAGUGCUGGUCACUUCCUCCUUCUCCUCUGGCUCAGGGCGGGGCAAGAGGACUUACCCGCUGACCAUCCUCAAGUUGAAGGAUGCAGAGAAGCUGCCCCCAGAGGUUGACCCAAAGCAUAAGGAGGACUUCCUAAGUGAGGCAGAUUUCCAGACAGUAUUCGGCAUAGACCGUGACACUUAUGACGAGCUACCACAGUGGAAACGAAUCAACCUGAAGAAGAAAGCUGGACUGUUCUAGGCAGAUGCUGACUUAUCAAGACAAUGGAUGAAUUAAAGAGAGGGAUGAGUAAGGAUGCAUGGUGAAGAAGAGGGGACAGAUCAAGAAAAGAGGCUAUUUUAAGAGCGAGAUAGAGUAAGGAAGGAUUGUAAGAAAGGGAAGACAGACCAUGACCAGAUUAUUUUAAGAGGGAUAAAGUAGGGAGUGAUUUCAAGAAAGGGAAUGUGUGUUUAUGGUUAAACAUCACAGUGUACAUUAAGAUAUUUGGCAUAUGACUUAUUUAACUUAAGACCACUGCACUAUCUGACCAAAGAAUUUUGCCUACAACAACAAAAAUUGGCACAUGACCAAUGUGUCAUUUGGGUAAGUACAAAAUUCAUAACUUUGUGAUUUUACUGGUAGCUUUGCUGAUGGUAAACACACCGCUGUGUUGCAGGGUAAGAGACAUUGCUUAUAAUGUAUUUUACUGUACUUUUAAAUUGCAUUUUUUUUUUUUUUUUGAGGGGGGGGGCAUUCUAGAAUAAUCUUGCCAUCUGACCAAUUUUUUUUUUGCUUCUGCCUGCAAUUAUAGAACAGAUUGUUGCUGUACACUAAGAAUGCCAGUGUACUGUAAACAAGAGACUAAAUAAGAAUGUUGUGAUAAAGAAAGGAUGCCAUUUUUAAGGUAGACAGAUUGAAAAGAUGGAUUAAGACAUAAAUUUAAGGAGAAAUUAUAUGAAAGGAUACUGUUAACACUGCAGAUUGUAAGAAAAAUAUAGAUUGUUUUAAUAGGAUGUAAAUAAAAAAAGUUGGAUUGCUUGAGGGCAAUGCAUAUGAAGAAGAAAAGUUAAAGAACUUUUAACAGAAUUACAAAUUAGUACUACUAUAAAUGAUGAUUUAACUUUACACAAACAACACAACAUUUCUGACUCAGUCAAUAUGUGUAAAUGACUUGAGAGAGAGAGAAACAGAGGCAGAUAAACAUGUGUGCGCACACACACACACACAAGCCAUAGUAUGCAUUUUAAAAUACCAGUGAACAAUUUUAUCAUUAUGAAUUAUUUAAGCAUUCAUUCCCUAAGUGCACACAUUACACAGGUGCACAGCUUCCAUCAUCCUUUCUCGGGGCCACAUUCCCAAACACGCUGACUUCUUGUGUGUACUAAAGGCUGCAAUGGAUCUUAUUGGGGCUCUUAAGGAUGCCUCCAUAAUGCUAGUGAUAGGAAAAAAUUGGUUCUCAAAUAGUGGUAAUGGGAUGAUAGACUCAGUAAUCACAGUGUUAGUGCUGAGUCAAUAGGGAAUUUUAACAGAUGGUAGGUUGAAUUAGAUGUUUAUUUAAUACAGGGACUGCCACAUGUAGGACUGAUGGCUUCUUGCAGCCUCAUGUACUUUCUUAUGGUUGUUGGGAAAGGAUUUACAAGAACUUAAUUAAUUUCUGUGGCCUUUGAAAAUAGUCAUUAUGAGAGCCCUAAGCAUUUUAUAAUGUGGUUCCCAGCUUCUUGUUUUGCACAAAAUAUGUUACUGUAUGUUCUGUAUGCAUCUCCAAAAAUGUCUUCUGAGCAAAGAUGUAUGAGGGAAUGAUAGUCAAUGUAUAUAUACAGUUAAUGUU